ACUUCAACUUUCUGAUUUUUGCCCUCAUAACGUAACGUGACAGGUAAUUUAGCAGCUACAGAAAUGGCAAGUUUAUCUGAUAUUGAUGUCCAUUCUCAUCCCUUCUCCAACAUUCCAACCAUAAAGUUCACCAAACUUUUCAUCAAUGGACAAUUCGUUGAUUCCAUUUCAGGAAAGACAUUUGAGACUGUGGACCCAAGAACAGAGGAAGUGAUCACCGAAAUAGCAGAGGGGACUGAAGAAGACGUUGAUCUCGCCGCGAAGGCGGCACGUGAGGCUUUCGAUUCUGGUCCAUGGCCACGCAUGACCGGCUCUGAGAGAGCGAAGAUAAUGAUGAGAUGGGCCGAUCUAAUUGAAGAGAACGUAGAGGAGAUAGCUGCGUUGGACACCAUUGAUGGGGGUAAGCUAUACACGACAUGUAAGGCGGUAGACAUUCCCCAUGUAGCUAGUCUUCUUCGUUACUAUGCGGGUGCUGCGGAUAAGAUUCAUGGAGAGGUGUUGAAAUCGUCAAGGAAUCUUCACGCUUAUACUUUAAUGGAACCUAUUGGUGUUGUUGGCCAUAUCAUCCCCUGGAAUUUCCCUACCCACAUGUUCUUCGCCAAAGUUAGCCCGGCCUUGGCUGCUGGCUGCACCAUGGUCCUUAAACUGCUGAGCAAACUCCUCUCACUGCUCUCUUUUAUGCCCACCUUUCCAAGCUGGUAUGACGGGGUGCUCAAUGUGAUAACUGGGUUUGGCCGGACUGCAGGGGCUGCAAUAAGCUCUCACAUGAACAUUGAUGCG